GGCAACGGGAAUCGGGGCUCGAAGGUGGUUUAUUGCCUUGCCGUUUUAAUACUAACAUUUUCGACUUUUGUUGUCCCGACGUCAUUUCAGGGGUGUUUCUAAAUCAAACUUCUAAUCGCAGCCCAGCGAGUCCACAUCCCCAUCUUCACCUCCUUCGCCUCUCCCAAUUGCCCAACUACUGGCCUACGCUCGUUCCUGUGCUUGCAAUUGCGUGAUUAGCUUGAGCCUUUUACACCCGCACUCGCUCUUGUGCUGCGGAAUUCGGCGUUGCGAGCCGCCGUCUCUUCUUGGCUGCUGUCAGCAGUCCGAAGAGGCCUCACCACAAGUCGCCAACAACACCUCACCUACCUUCCUUUUCUACAAAGUGCGCCUCAACAUGCCUCGGUCUUUCUGUAGAGUCUGGUAGCAUCAUAGAAGAGCAUUGGCGUAACAAUGGGGUUCGACUAUGCCUUGGUGCAUCUCAGGUAUACCAUCCCACCGGCCAUUGCCUUGACACUCCUUUACCGUCCCCUCUUCAAUCGCACAGACCUGUACAAAAUCGCCUUCCUGAUAUCGAUUGCUUUUGUUUCCACCUUACCUUGGGACUCUUAUCUCGUCCGGUGCAAAGUAUGGACAUACCCGGAAGAUGCGGUCAUUGGGCCGACCCUGCUCUCUGUUCCCGCAGAAGAAUUGUUCUUCUUUGUAGUACAGACCUACAAUACGACCUUGCUAUAUCUGAUUUUGAACAAACCAAUCUUUCAUCCGAGUUACCUCAGUUCGGCGAAACCUCGGAAGGGCGCGGAAUUCCAAUGGAAUGCCGGCCAGUUGAUCUUCGCGGCGUCUUUUAUAACGGGCCUGGGCUUGAUUUGGAAUGGGGAUGAAGGAACAUAUCUCGGCUUGAUCAUCGCCUGGGCUGGACCAUUUGCGCUUCUGCUGUGGUCCCUUUCGUCCCAAUUUCUGAUCGCACUUCCACUUUCAAGCACUGUGGUACCAAUCGCCAUACCAACCCUCUACCUCUGGAUGGUCGACACUCUAGCAUUGAAGCGAGGUACUUGGGUCAUUGAAUCUGGAACGAAGCUUGGAAUACACUUGUGGGAAGGACUGGAGAUUGAGGAAGCACUGUUCUUCUUGGUGACCAAUGUCUUGAUAGUGUUUGGACUGGUUGCCUUUGAUCAUGCUCUCUCGAUCCUCCUAGCCUUCCCAAUAUUGUUUCCAGAUGUUCCCGAAUUGCCUUCUCCAGUACUUCUAGUUCAGGCACUUCUCACUGAUCGAUCGAGAUAUGGUACGGAAAGGAUCAUUGGCAUCCAGGAAGGAGUUGCAAGACUUAAGAAUAAGAGUAGGAGCUUCUACUUAGCAAGCUCGGCCUUCACAGGUCGUCUGCGAAUUAAUCUGGUUCUUCUGUACUCCUUUUGCCGAGUUGCGGAUGACUUGAUAGACGACUGUAGCGCAGAAUCUGACGCUCGUGAGUGGAUUGGCAAACUCACACACUACUUGGACCUAGCGUAUGCUUCCAAAGAAGCUCGCCUCGUUCAAAAGCACCCAGACGUGCAUUCGUACAUCACGGAGAAUUUCCCAAAAUCUUCUCAAUCAGCACUCCAGCUCCUUCCGACCCACCUCUUGUCAUACGGGCCGUUGUAUGGAUUGCUGGAAGGAUUCAAGACGGAUCUUGAGUUUCAUGAUAGUAAUUUCUCGAAAGCACUGCGGACAUUUCCUAUUGCAAAUGAGCAUGACUUAGAGGUCUACGCUGCUCGUGUUGCUGGUACGGUUGCCGAGUUGUGUUUGGAACUUGUUUUCCACCACACAAAUUCAGUUACCACAACCGCUCAACGGGAGACUUUGAUUCGAUCCGGUGGCCGAAUGGGAAUCGCCUUGCAAUAUGUUAAUAUCGCUCGCGACAUUUCCACAGAUGCUGCUAUUGGGAGAGUGUAUCUCCCAACGUCCUGGUUAAAAGGAGCAGGAUUGAAACCAGACGACGUUUUAAAGAACCCAGAUAAUCCCGCGAUUGACGUCUUACGGGCACGAUUACUAGACAAAGCGUUUGGUAUUUAUCGAGAAGCCCAACCAGCUCUUGCACAAUUGCCAAUUGAUGCUAGAGCCCCAAUGCGAGUAGCUGUGGAAAGCUACAUGGAGAUUGGACGAGUACUUAGAGAAAAGGGGUACAAAUUAAAGAAAGGUCGAGCUACUGUGCCAAUAAAGAAAAGGUUAGCAGUUGCGUGGAAGGCACUGAACCAAGGAUAGAUCUUAGAUUUGAUAGAUAUCACCAAUAAUGUAAACUUAUUUUGGAAGAAUCGAG